GGAAAGGAUCCAGCAGAAACAUCUAUUAUCCUGGGCUUGGCAGCAAGGAAGGGGACAGGUAGUGGAAAUCCUGCAAUCUGAAAAACAGACUGAAAGGUGACAAAGAAGCUGAAGAUGGGUGGUGGAGAGAGGUACAACAUUCCAGCCCCUCAAUCAAGAAAUGUUAGUAAGAACCAGCAACAGCUUAAUAGACAGAAGACCAAGGAUCAGAAUUCCCAAAUGAAGAUUGUUCAUAAGAAAAAAGAAAGAGGACAUACUUACACCUCAUCAGCAGCUGCACGGCAGGCCAUGCAAAAUGGGGGGAAGAACAAAAAUUUUCCAAAUCAUCAAAACUGGAACUCUAGCUUAUCAAGUCCUAGCUUACUUCUUAAGUCUCAAACUAAUCAAAAUGAUGCUGGAGCCAAGUUCAGUGAGCCACCAUCACCAAGUGUUCUUCCUAAACCACCAAGCCACUGGGUUCCAGUCUCCUUUAAUCCUUCUGAUAAGGAGAUAACGACAUUUCAACUUAAAACCUUACUUAAAGGGCGCCUGGGGCAGCAGCCACUGAAUUUAGGACGUACUGUUGGUUCACAACACUCUUGGUAUUCCCAGGUGUCAUCUUCAACCUCCCCCAGUACUCAGAAGGCAGGAAGAGAUGCAGAAGAGAAGAAAAGAGGCAGGCCACUCCAGAUCGGUGGGUGA